GCUGAAGACAAGAUGCAGUUCACAAUCUUCUUUGCUGGACUUUGUGGACUUUUCCUGGCUCCUGCCCUUGCUGAUUAUAAUAUCAACAUCAGCAAUGACAACAACAGAGCCGGCAGUGGGCAGCAGUCCGUGAGCGUCAACAACGAGCACAAUGUGGCCAACGUGGACAAUAACAAUGGCUGGGACUCCUGGAAUUCCGUCUGGGAUUAUAACUCUGGCUUCGCAGCAACCCGACUCUUUGCCAAGAAGGUGUGCAUUGUGCAUAGAAUGAACAAGGAUGUUGUGCCUCCCAUCCAUGCCCUUGAUGCCUUGGUCAAGGAAAAUAAGGUUAUUGAGUUGACGGUGUAG